AUGUACGAGAUCGAAAUACAUCAGCUUGUCCGAGACCAGAGGUUUGCUUCCGCCGAUACUCGUCCGAUACACACCCGACACGCACAUGCGCUAAAGCUGCUUAUCACGUGCCGACAAGUCUACCACGAGGCCACGUCCUUAUUCCUAUCGAGUAACACGUGGGUUAUCUCAAGGGCUUGUUAUGACAAGUCGGGGUACCGAGUUACACAAGCAGACGACCUCGCAACUUGGUUGACUAUGCUCGGAUCUAGUGUGACCAUGGUACACAAGGUUAUUGUCAACUUGGCUGAAAACACCGACAAUGGCGGUGACCAACUCAAAUGGCGCCUAAAAAUCGACUCCAGCCAGGACACAACUGAUAUGGCUGAGGCCGUCAAACUAGGCAAUCUGCUGAAAUGUCUUUGGGCAAACCCUGAUGCGAUCCGUAAGAUCAAGAUUGUUAGCCCCAAGGGAGCAGGCAAAAACUACAAGUACCGGAACAACAAUGAUUUUGAUCCAAUGUUUAGCAAGACACAUCCGGAGAACAGAGGUAACAAGACACAUCCAGUCUUUGACACUGGUACUAUCACAAACGCGCUCAUAGCUCUCCGACGCGACGAUCUCGGUCUGAAGAACUGUGGACGUCAGGUGCACGAUGUUCUCAUCCGAAGAGAUGGUCUAGAAGGGUAUAUCCAGUUCGACUACAACUACUAUAAGCCGUCAGACAAUCGUCCCCGCGUUGAGAGGACCUACGUUGAGCGGAAGUUCUCCAUCACGAACGGCGGCACAACACUGUCACUUCAACCCGCCGACACUCCCGGAUUGAUGAACCUACCCCAGCACCUCAAGAUCCGGCUUUUCGAAUCGCUUUGUCUCGCUAAAGGCUUCCUUGACCCCUGGCGAAGUACAGUCACUAUCGAUCUGGACCAAAAGAUCACAGUAGGCGCAACUCCAGUGCUGGAAUCGGUAUCGCAACAUCUGCGAUCGGAGUGCUACUACCGCUUCUGGCUGGCCAAUAUAAUCUCAGUCAAGAUGCGGAGUACAGACGUAAAAACAGACUUCGACCACUUCGACAAACUACGCGUCUUCUGCUGCACCGCGUCGACUCUGCGCGAGCCCUGGAGAAUGAGCAACAGACGUAAGGGGAUCCGCGACCUGGAGUUCCUACUUUAG